GAUGACACCUGAAACUUUAAAGAGGCGCAUGCACAGAGGCAACGCCUCCUUAGGAUAGGCUUAGAUUUCUCUGUGAAGCUGUAUUCACCGCCAACUUGCAAUGGGGACUGUAAUAAAACUGUGCUUUUGUUUGUGUUACUCUGCUUGCCUCAUUUUACCUUAUGUAUGUGGCUAUCUUUAUAGAACAAAACGAAAUUCCGCGGUAGCCCUUGAUAAUGUGCCACCGAAUUUUGAAGACCCUCAUCAUGGCAGCAUACUGCUGUCUUCUUUGCUAAAAGCACUCUCUGACAAAGGCGGCUGGGAAGACCCUACCCCGCGGUUCAGACCCGAUUCAAAGUAUCUCCGGUACAUGAAAAGAUUGUACAGAAUGUCUGCCACUAAUGAAGGAGUGCCAAAGCUGAAUAAAAGUCACCUGUAUAACACAGUAAGAUUGUUUACCCCGCAAGCCGAGUGCCUCCAGCAGAUCAAAGGGGUUUUCACACAAGAUCUGUCUUACAGCUUGGAUCGCGUGACUGCCCAGGAGCACCUGCUGAAGUCUGUUCUCCUCUACUCGUUUGAGAGAGCACCCAUGGCUCCUGUUGUGUCUGUCUGUCAUGUGCAUCUCAGUGAGCAAGCGGCUCCUGAUGAGCAAGUCUGCUCAAGCGCCCAGGACUCCUUCCGCUUCCACAUCCGAAUGGAGAGGAGGACCAGGUGCAAAUGGGUAGAGGUUGAUGUCACAUCUUUUCUAAAGCCUCUACUGGGCUCUUAUAGAAAGAAUAUCCACAUCCUUGUCAAUUUCACCUGUGUGGAAGACAGAAGACAACAGAGCAGUGCCCAGGAGCAAGAUCAUCAGCUGAACCGGACCCUCAAGGCUCCUUCCCUUGUCCUGUACCUGAAUGAUACCAGUGAACAAGCCUAUCGGAGGUGGACACCACAGGUAAAGAUGCUGAACUCGGGAAAUCCAAGACCAGCAUCGGAUCCUGGUCAUUUGCAAAGUCCAGUGAAGGUGAUGGUGGAGAAAAGAUCCUUGCGAAACAGAAGAAAUACAGCUGACAUAGAGCUAGAUAAACAAAAAUCAACGCCUGAGACUUUUAGUCUGGACGAACACUAUAAACAUUUUGAGUUCCCCACAGAUGAAUGUGAGCUCCAUAAUUUCAGGGUGAGUUUCAGUCAGCUUAGGUGGGACCACUGGAUAAUUGCACCCCCCAACUACAACCCUCGCUAUUGCAAAGGGGUUUGCCCAAGGGCUAUUGGUUAUCGAUAUGGGUCUCCAGUUCACACCAUGGUUCAGAAUAUCAUCUACGAAAAGCUGGACUCCCCUGUGCCAAGGCCGUCGUGUGUCCCAUCCCAAUAUGACCCCCUAAGUGUUUUAACAAUCGAAAACGAUGGUUCCAUUGUGUACAAGGAAUAUGAAGACAUGAUAGCUACUAAAUGUACCUGUCGCUGAACCAAUGAGCAACUACAAAGAUGGAAAAUGUGUACUGUGGAUGUGCCAUUUUUCGAUCGCAUUAUGAAGAACUCUGAAGGACUUUUCGCAGGACUAUCCAAGUAGUUUUACUGUUUCUUGCAUUAAGGUUCAAAUGUAUGAUGGGACAUCAAGAUUUGUAAUUGGUAACAUCUAGAAACAACAUAUAAAGCCAUUAUCACUGUUGAUAAUUACAAAAGCAAAAAAAAAAUGCUUUAUUUUUUUCUUUAAGUCUAUGCCUUUCUCAUUAACUAAAUGUAGUUAACAUGUGAAAGGCUAAAUUUAUGUUUUGUUUUAGUUUUUGUGCGUUCAUUUAAUUUGUUUCCUUUUGAUAGGCUGCGGUUGACACAUUUUUUAAGCAGGAGAAUGUUCUGGACACCAAAGUGAGAUUUUAGUCCUCUUAACUAUUACAAGAUAUUUUACUGUGGUUUUAUAUCUGAGGAUAUAAGCAGUUGUCUCGUGGACAACUGUUUUCUAUUCAUUAUGUCCAGACAGAAAGUUGUCCUAAAAUGUGGAUGACAAGAUUUGUCAAUCUGCAUUUAAUAGUCUCAGCUAUGAAAUUACUGUAAAUAUGGUAAAAGUAUUUAAUUGUAACGUGAAUAAUAUAUGUAUAAUGUAUGGUUUGUAACAACUGAUUUUGGCUGAUUUGUUUUGGAUUUUGAAAAUGUUUCAAAGAUGGUUAUAUUCUGAUCAAAAAAAUAUAUAUAUAUAUUGCAAGCAGUUUUGCCUGUGUGUGUAGCAGACCCUUUAUUCUACUUUGUUUGAUCUUAAAAACAAAAGCUAAUUUCUGAAGCAAAUUCAAAUCUAUAAUGGUCAAGUCAACAGGCUUGGAGAAAAUAGCUGUGUGCUGUAAAAUGGGUAUAAGCUUUAAACACCCAACUUAACCAGCAGCCAGGAGAUCAAGGAUCACAAUGUCAUAUAUACGAAAUAGGGCCAUUCCAUUCCAGGUUUAAAAGGUAAAAUUAGAUCAUUAUUACAGUAACUACUUUAGGGCCUGGACGGCGGUUUAAUUGGUUCGAUUAAACAAUCUAGAACAGGGUUGGAACAAAGACCAGGACUGGAAUGUAAACUUUGACCCCAAUCCCAUGUCUAGUAGUUUGUUUAUUUUAUUUAUUUAUUUAGCUGACACCUUUAUCCAAGGCCACUUCCAGAGACUAGGGUGUGUGAACUAUGCAUCACCCGAAAGACGGAGAACAAGUGACUUGCUCAGGGUCACACAAUGAGUCGGUGACUGAGGUGGGAUUUGAACCCAGGGCCUCCUGGUUACAAGCCCUUUUCUUUAACCACUGGACCACACAGCCUCCCCAGUUUAAUGCUACAUUUGACUGAUGAGAGAAGACAACAGCUGCAGAGGGUUGUGACGCAGUCUGAGACGUACUAAAAAGAACCUUUGUUAUGCUAGUUCAAAGCCUCCAGAGGUCAAAUAACAGGACAAUAACCCACUGCACCGUUCAACAAGAUUGUGUGGGGUUACCAUACGACUCCAUGUACACUAGGAUAGUUGGAAACCGUUCAGGCUUUUCAA